AUUGUGUUAUACGGUUGAUUUAAAUUGUAACGAUUGACCUAAAACUUUUGGGGUUGCCCUAAUUCAGUUUGUUGUGAAUGACGUCUUCUAUUACGUAAUACGGAUUAUCAUGCCGAUCCCUCUGAGUUGAGAGCGCCCGUUCUGCAUGUCGUCUGCUUCCAAACUAUGUUGCCUAUAUAUAAUGCGCCAUGCUCAGGCGAAACGACUAUUCAUCUACCCGUAUUCCGAGCGACCGGAGCACAAAUCUACUUAUAGUAAAACAACUUAUUCCUCAAAUUUCAGACCAUUUCAAGACGAAUGAUCACUCAACCCUUCACCCGACUGACAAACAUGAAACUAAGGAGAGAAAAACACAAAUGCCACUAUGAAUAGAAUUUCCUGAUGCCUGACAUUUUGGUAAAAUCUGUCUAGAAGUUUAUAGAUUGGAUGAUUUACAUCAAAGAAUGACAAAAAGUGAAUGCUUGGUGCCACUCAUAACACAAUAGUAAUCCCAUUGACUGAAAAGCCUCGAUCUGCCAGCUAUGAAAUAUUUCUGUAUUCUAAGUGAAUUAACUUUAAAAGAGGUUGCAAAGAGGCAACUGGGGAGCGUGUUACGAGAGUAAAGUUGACUUGCUAAAACUGAAAGAACACGGAAAACUGGACUACACAGGCCUGUAUUUUUAUACACAUCAAUCCACUCCAUGUGACUGAGUGCCUUUUCCUUGCAGUUUCAGUACACUGAAUUCGAUCGACACUAGUAUUAUCGAAGACUUUAUAUUGAUCCACUUAGUAUUUUGAAGACAUUUAAAGCCAUUUGGCUUGUCAGACAAGGGCUUUAGAACUAAACAUAGGAAGUUUCUCUUUCCUAUUUCAUGAUCAAGGAAGAUUUCAUCUUUCCUGUAGUGACCUCUGCCAGACAUUUUUCAAAGUUCAUCAAGCUCUUGGCCGCCCCUGAAGCAGUCGAACAGACCAACAGUGAGCUCCAGUGAGGUGAAAAAUUUGAAAUAGUGGGGGGAAAAAAUUGGUGUUCGAAAGUAGGAGGAAGGAGAUUCAUUUUGUGCUGGGAUUAGUUUCUGCACGGAUUGCAAAUAAAGUUGGGCUGAUAUGUCGUCCCCGAAGCAUUCACCGGUAAGGGCAGCCCUGUCGAUGCAGCUGAAAGCCCACCCAAACCUGUAUUCGAAGACCGAGGAAAGCUGGAACGCUGGUCGGAUGGAGGAGGACGCUUUCAUGCAGAACAGAGGUUCAAACUCCGCAAACCACAGAAAUACACAUCAUGCAAAUUCUACAGAUUCCAAGAUUUGCUGCAUGUCAAGAAAGUCUCUAUGGAUAAUUGGUGCUGUGGCUUGUGUGUUUCUAGCCAUUGCUUUGGGCUUUCUCAUCGGCUUCUUCACCCACUAUGCAGUCUCCAAAUCUUCAGUUACCAUGACAACAGCAAAGAGGAAAGAGAUGCACCGACAGGCUGUGGGAAGUGUUACACAGACCAGUAUAGGAGAGUAUGAAAGGUUACAUGCAGGUCAGCAGUGUCAGAUAGGAAGUUCUUCUUGCCCGGGCAACCUGACACAAACCCUCGCCUCUCAGCUGUCCUCUAUGGGCUUCAAGGUUUCCACAUCCAUGUACAGCGUCCUGGUCUCCUACCCGGACAUGACCCGGAUGAGCAGUAUCCGUUCCGUGGACCCUCAAGGGAAUACCCUCCAGAUGGUCCAGCUCUACGGGGGUGAGCAGGAUGCUGGGCCGAACUACAACAUUGCCCCAGCAAGGGGGCCUGCGCAGUUCUCCGGCAGCGGACAAGUGUCCGUAGGUGACCAGGUGCCUUUGGGCUCUGCAGAUACAGUCCUUGUAGGAACUGGUGGGGAUUCAAUGGUGCUGACCAGCGGAGGAUCGCAAGCAAUGCCUGUAUACACACCUUAUACUGCUUCUGGUACAGCCCAGGGUGAUCUUGUGUAUGUGAACUUCGGAAGAGAAGCAGACUUUCAAACUCUAAGAGAUCUUGGUGUGGAGGUAUCAGGAAAGAUUGGACUUGCACGACAGGGCCAGGGCAGUGCUGUAGAUCAGGCCAAAGUUGCUGCUCGUCAUGGAAUUUCUGGACUUCUUCUCUACCCUGACCCCGAUGACAUGACCUCUGACAUGCCAAUGACCUCUGUGAUUACCCCUGAUAUGUCUGGUAUGAGUGGUGACCCUUUGACCCCGGGAUGUCCAGCAAGAGAUGGAAUUUUCAGAACUUCCAUGAACUCUGUUGACCUUCCCAGCAUUCCGAUACAACCUGUUUCCAUGGCAACAGCAGCCAUGUUGCUAACUAAUCUGACUGGAAUUGCUGCUGAGGGGGACUGGGUCGGCGGUCUCAAUGUGAGCUAUCAGAUAGGUCUAACGGGAGAAACCAGACAGCCAUGGUUUGUAGAGCUAGACAUUCACAAUGACGUCAUCCAAAAGCCGGUCUACGAUGUCGUAGGAACAAUACAGGGCUCAGAGUAUCCAGAUGAAUAUGUCUUGCUUGGAGGUCACUACUCCAGUAUGAUGACCUCUAUGGUGACCGCUGGGUCGUCGUCGGCGGUGAUGGAGUCAGCACGGGUCAUUAGCGAGAUGAUGGAGAGUGGAUGGAUGCCUAGACGCACCAUCAUGGUUGGACUGUGGGAAGGGUCAGAGUUUGGCCAGGUGGGAUCUACGGAAUGGGUGGAGGAUAACAGAGUUAUUUUGAGGGACAGGGCUGUGGCUUAUAUUGAUCUAGCAGGAGGUGGUACCGGUACCAUACUCAAUGCACAGUCUUCACCCAUGCUCAGGGGAGUUCUCAUGGAGUCUGCCGAAAAGAUUGGUAUAUCAUCGAUGGUAAACCUUGAUGCUUUGAGCGGAAUGGGGGACUAUGUACCUUUCUCUCACUCUGUUGGCAUUCCUUCAGCUAGUAUUGAGAUUAUGAGUAGUCAUGACAUCAACAUUGAAAUGCUACCUACCGAUGGCGGUGCUAUCAUGGGUGUGUCAUCGGCCCAGCUUGGCACCCAGGUCAUUCUCUCCUUGGCUGAUGAUGAUGUGUUAAAUCUAGACGCAGGCGCUAUGGCGGACACUGUGAUGACCUACGUGGACAACAUUGAUACUGUGCUCAGCAGCACUAUGUCUCCUGAUGAGCCAAUGUUUGCGGAAGGUGCAAUAACUAUGCUGAGAUCCGCCGCCACAGAUUACAUGAUGGCAGUCCAAGGCUUGCAGGAUGCUAUCGGAUCAGAUUCAAUUAUUGACUCGCCAAUUACCAUGACGAUGGUAAACAGUCGUUUGAUGACCAUGGAACGUUCUUUCAUUGACGAUACAAUAGGAGGGUCCAUGGGGAGUGUACUUUAUGGAACGUCAGGUACAGACACCCUCUCAACAGUCUCUCAGAUGAUGCUGAAUGAAACAGGUACUGUUUCAGUAGAGAUGGUUCAUCAAACCUUGUCCAGGCUUCAAUGUACGAUACAAUCAGCUACACAGUCUGUUGGGAUGUCACUGUCAUGACACAGUUUAAGUUGAGGAUUCUUCAAAGACUUCCAAGGAUUCUCUCCUGAUGAUCCAAGUGCCUUUGCAGCUGUAGGUACCUAUAAAGCAAUUUUGAUUUACAUUAGCAGUUCAAGUAUUAAAGACAUUGCCAGUGAUUCAGAUUCAACGAAUUUGUAAUACAGCUAAAUUUGUGAAAUCCCAAGGGAUUUCAAGAUUAUUUAUAGUCAUCUGAAGGUGUGAAUAGGCCUACAUCUACAAAUAACUUAAACUUGUAAUUAUGUGGAGAGUAAAAAACAGGCUGAACCAAAUUUGGCUCUAAAUGUGAAGAAUUUAUAUUUUGUCAUUUAAGAGGGAUUGGCUGAAUGAAUAAAUUAGCUUGAGAAAAGGAAAUGGCCUAGAUGCAGAAAAAAAAAAGAACGAACAAGUGUUUGAUACACAUCUUAGUGGGGAGUGACAUAAUCGAUUUGAAUAUAAACACAUAUUUUCAAAAUGGCCUUGAAAAUGACUGAUGGCAGUGGCAGGAUGUGAACCAAUGCCAUCAAAAUGACUGAUUGCAGCAGUGGGAUAUGAAACAAUGUCAUUAAAAUGACCGAUUCGCAGAAGUGGGAUAUGAACCAAUGCCAUUAAAAUGAGUGAUGGCAGCAGUUUGAUAUGUAUCAAUGUCAUCAAAAUGACUGAUGGCAGCAGUUGGAUAUGUAUCAAUGCCAUCAAAAUGACAGGUGGCAGCAGUGGGAUAUGAACCACUGCCAUCAACAGAACUUGAGGCAGCAGUAGGAUAUGAACCAAUGACAGCAACAGGACUUGUGGCAGCAGUGGGAUAUGAACCAGUGCCAUCAAAAUGACUGAUAGCAGCAUUGGGAUAUUAACCGAUGCCAUCAAAUGACUGAUGGCAGCAUUUGGAUAUUAACCAAUGCCAUCAACAGGACUUGUGGCAGCAGUGGGAUAUUAACCAAUGCCAUCAAAAUGACUUGAUUGCUAAAGUACCAAAAGCACAGGAAUGCUUGGGUGUUUCAGACCUUUCUUUCUCAGUACAUCUUACCAAAAGAAGAAGGAAAUAACUUAUCUAAAAUAUGACCACUAGUCUAGACUGGACCAAUAUGUCUGCGAUAAAACAUUUGAACAUAGUACAACAUUUGUAUUUUCCAAAUAUGAAGCAAUGCA